AUCAGUAUGCAUGUAGAAACGAAGGGGAGCGAGAGAGAGGACAAAAUCGUCCCUUAAAGCGGGGGCUGCUUUGUGCAUUCGAGGUGCGCAAGGGAUAUAUAAUAUUAGGGAGAGAGACAGCGUACGCCGCAGCUGCGUGUGUGGGGGGUAGGCUUCACUUCUCUCGAAUAUUUUCUGCAUAAAGCUUCGGAGAGAGAAAGAGAGACAUGGCUCUCGGUAGAGUUUUUUUUCUCGUCGGAAGCCUAGCCACUGCCCCUUUUGCGAAUCGCACAAAUUUCCACGUAAUGGAAUAGACAAUUAUUGUGUCCUGGGAGCUGAAAAAUGGUUUUAAGCCGAAAUGACAAGAGAAAAAGGAAAGAAGGAGAUCUUGUGGAUCUCAUGGAUCCGAUUGCAGAGCCCCCAAAAAGUAGAACCAAAAUACACGCACAGAGGAAGUUUGCUCAAGGUGUAGCCACUCCAGUAUUCAGUCCUGCGAGUACGCCGAUCAAGGAGAAGGAGAAGACAAAGCCUACUGUGUUCAGAGAGCUAAUAACGCACAAGCGACCCAACACUGAAGACUUUCUAACAUUCCUUUGCUUUCGAGGUACGUCGAUAUUACCGCCGAGUUUGAACUUCUUCAGCGCGACUUCGAAGAAGGACAAACUUCAAGAUGGUACAAAGACUCCAGGGAGCCUCUUCUCAAAAACGAAUGGCACGUGCGGUAAGCCUCCAACACUGUCAAAAGCUGAAAACAACACUGUCAAAGCUCAAACAGCGACAGCUUCAUCCCAAAAAGCUUCUGCAGCGGCUAAAGAUAAAACCAUUGGCAAACAGAAAGCCACGGCACCCGCAGCCAAGCCGGCGAAACUAAAAUCGACGAGCACCGCGAUCCAGGCUCUGAAGAAGAAGUACCAGGAGCAGCGUUUGGCCAAACAGCGUCUGGGCAAGUUCAAGCCUAGUUGUAUGAAAACUCGUUCUGGAGCCACCACAACUGCUGUCACUAAAGUCCCGGCAAAGAAGAAUGUUAGUAAGGAGGAGAACCGAAGACACGGGCUGCGCAGCACCGGUCUACCGGAGAGCGAGAAAAAGAGUCUACCUCUUAGGAAACCACCCACGUUAUUAGCCAAGAAGAAGAUUAAAGAUGUUGAAGCGAAGAAACCCACCCAGGUCGCUAAGAAGCUCCUCGAAAAGAGCAAGAAGAUCGAGGCAAGGAGGGUCACGAGGUCGAGACCUGCGGCCAGCGAGCCAUCACCACCGCCAGCGAGAAGACCUACCAGGAAGACCAAGGAAGCUGCUGCUGUGUACAUGGAGAUUCUCGGAAGAAAGUUGGUGAGUCCGGAGCUAGAGAACGAAGAUAAUCUGUCUUUGGACAGUUUUCCAGAACUCCCGAACGCUAGGAAGAUUGCACAAACGGAAAACGAAAUCAAAGCAAAGGUCAAGUCACAAAAAGCUGCCGAGGGUGGAAAAUCCGCUGCUAAAGAUAAGGAGAAGAAGCCAGCUAGCAAUCCCAAGCCUGCAAAGAAGAAGGUUAUCAAACCACCCGUACACGUGAAAAACAAACGGCUGGUAAAGGUGCAGAAGUACUGUGAAUUGAACAGCGAAGACGAGGCAGAGUCGGUGACAUCCAAGGAGUCAGCCGAGAGCAUCAAACCCAGAGCUGCUAUGACGCGACGAUCAGCACCGGCAGCCACCUCGGCGAAGGACAAGAAGACAGAGAACCGCAGUCUCCGCUCGAGCCGUAGCCUAGCGCCAAGAAAGAGUUCACCAAAAGCGAGUGAGGUGCAACAAACUGGUUCUAAUGAUACCGUAAAAUCAUCUAAGGCUGCAGAGUUACAAAAUCCUACCAAGGCCGGUAAAGAAAGUGCAAAGGACCCAGCUAAGGAGGCAACACCUAAAGAUAAGAUGACGACUGCUGGCAAACGCAAACGCGAGACAAACGACAAAGAAAUUGCGAGCAAACAGAAAUCCGAAACAGCCAAGAACAAGAGCAAGGCCGUCGCUGCUGAGCCCGAGUCAGAGGAGGAAAGUUUAGGUACACUCUUGAACAAGAUGAAAAAGAAAAAGGAGAACGAGAAGGAAAAGGAAGAAAGCAACCACGAUCAACCUGCCAAGAAGGCUGCUGCGGAUCCCAAGCCAGCGAAAACAAUGAGUGCAAUCAAGUCGACGAUGGUGGAAACACUCAAGAGUCAGGCCGAAGCCGAAAGUACCGCCAAAAUUUCAGAUGACGAGGAAUCCUUCCGAGGAUUCACGAAAAAAGCUGUAUCAAAAGUAUUGAAUACCUGCCAGACUCACGUCCUGGCGAAUAGUGUGCUAGAAGAAAUGGAUAGUAAAAUUAAUUCACUGUUGAAGUUUGCUGAGACUAAUGAUAAGUUGAAUAGUACAGUUCCGCCGGGGGUGAAAGUAGAUACCAAAUCUGGUGUUUCAAGUUUUUCCUGUGUUAAGUAUCUGACAGAACAGAUGACCAGCACUGGGGCGAAUGCCUCGGUCAAGCAGGAUCCUGAUUUUGGAGACUUGAAGCCAACAACAAAGCACUCCAAGAUAUCAACCCCGACAACAGCUUCCUUGAACAUAAUCGACAUGCCCAAGAAUCUGAGCAGUCGUAAGGAGCGUGUCAACAUGUCAACGGAGCAAAUUGAGAAAUGGCUGAACGAGAGUUCGCUCGCCAAAGAAGAGAGCAAGGUGGAAAUGGAGAGUGUCUCCAACUUUAAGUACGAAUCGCUAACCCUAGAGAAACCCAAGACCCAUCCAGAAAUUCCGAUGACCCCAACGCACGGCCACCUGUCGAUAUCCCCCAAGAUCCAGCACCUCGUACGUCCUGUCAAUGUCACCUUGUCAAAGCUCUCUGACAGACUGAAAAAAGCUUCCUCGGCGAUUGGCCCCACCAAGAUGCCCACUGUGUUCCUCACCUCGCCCAUUAAGCUGCCUCAAGCCAGUAAGGCCAAAACGAGCGAGAGCCCGGUGCAGACUGUUAGCAAGGAAAAGAAGAAUCCGCCGAGCACGCCUCCCAGUAGGAAGAUGAGCAAGGACUCGUCUUUUGGCGAGGACGCCGCCGACAGCGACGCGGUGUCCAAGUCGGACGCCAACUCGGUGGGCGACUCGUCGGAGAAGAAGUCGCUGAACAGCCCCGAGAAGAAGGUUUUUUUUCACCAGCGCAAGCCCUUUCUGCCAAAGGUCAAGGAACGCAAAAAGGAGCCGAGCAGCACCUCGGCCUUCUCGCCAGAGAACGAGAGCAGCGUUUACGCGUUCGAGAGCGAAGCCGAAGCACCUGUAAGCACGCCCUUUCGCAGGAAGGCAAAAGACGCCGCUAGAAAAGAUAGCGUCGGAGCCGUCGAGAAGGAUAAGUCAACGAAUGAAAAGUCAAGCAGUAGUAGCGAGGCAAAAGGCAAAAGUGGAGAGGAAACGAAAACUGUGACCGAGCCUUUAAACUCGCCGGAGGAAGCUCGGAAAGACGAAGAAAAAUCGCCUCCGCUGUUGGAAAGAACAACUCCAAAAAACUUCGAGCUUCCGAAAAACUUUGCAGAUUUGACAAACAUACAGGUGUUACCACUAGACAAGUUAACAACAAGCUGGAGCAAUGUAAAUUGUAGUGCCUCGAUAGCGGUACAAGUUAAUCUUGAUGAACAAAAACAGCAGCAGCAACAACAGCAACAACAACAGGUACAGCAGAACCAGCAACAAUCAACGACAGCGGAAGGCAACAACGAUCAAUCUAAUGCAGCACAGAAAAGUACCGAGAUUUCGACGCAGACCGAUACUAACACUGACAAUGACGACGAUGAUAGCGGGCAGCUAUUUUAUAUACCGUUGCAGGCGGUAACGCGCAACGCCUCAGCCCAAGGAGGUCAGCAGCUUAUUCAGGGUGUAGCCGUUAAAUUAGGCACGGAAGGACCUACUGGUCCAAACCAAAGAGUUCUUCUCAAGGCAAAACUUGUGACGAAGCCUCCGAUUUCGAUUGCGAGAUGUCCACCCAUUGGUACUGUGCAGCCGACGGCAAGAGCACCGCAAAAUGCGAGCGUUGAUCAGGCGGAUCUGCCAUCGACUUCGACGGUCGAUAUAGACGGAGGGUUUAAGUUUCCUAUACCCAGUAGCAAGAGUACCAAAACAAUCAGCAGUACAGAAAUUCAUAAAUCGCCGAGUCCCGAAAAGAUAAUGAAAUCACCUAUAAGUAACGUUAGAGAGCGAAAAAUGUCAUCCGAGGGUCCGAAAGCUCGUAAGAGCGGGGUCAAAGCAAAGCCACUCCAAAUUCACUCACCAGUGAACAAAACGGACUUUCCGAAAGGAAGCGAAGACGCUCGGCUUGUAGAAGCGCCGACUUUUCGUCCCUCAGAAAAAGACUUUCAAGACCCGUUGGAAUAUAUCGACAAGAUACGCCCGAUCGCGGAAAAGUUCGGUAUAUGCAAAGUAGUUCCUCCUUCAAAUUUUAAGCCUGAAUGUAAAGUAUCUGACGACAUGAGGUUCACAGCUUAUAAUCAUUACGUUCAUCGUAUGUUGAAUCGUUGGGGCCCGAAUGUCAAAGAGAUGAUGGCGAUCAAGAAAUAUCUAGCUACGCAGAGUAUUACGUUAACUCAACCGCCAUGGAUUGGUGGCAUGGAAGUUGAUCUGCCGCAUUUAUAUCAGACUGUACAAAACUUGGGUGGAUUAAAAGAAGUCAUAGAAAAGAAAAAGUGGCAAAAGGUGGCAGACGGUAUGAAAAUUCCCAGAUCAGCUCAAGACAGAGUUACUAAGUUGGAUGAUAUUUACUGCAAAUACCUGCUUCCCUAUGAUACCUUAUCUCAAGACGAGAGAGAUAAGCUAUUUAAGGAUGUAGAAGCAGAUUGGGCUAAGAGAGAAAAGCGAGAAAGGCAAGAAACGCAGUCAAACGAUACAGAAGAUGAGGACGAUGAAGACAGUUCCGAAGAGAUCGAAGAAUGCAUCGUAAAGGGUCGCAACAUGCCUCUGAACGCAUUUUAUAGGAUUGCGCGCAAUACACAGCGUAUGUGGUUUGGCGAGCCGCAACGGUCUACCAAUGAGACGGACGGUGCCUCGGUUGAUGAAGUCGAAACCGCCUUCUGGCGUCACGUCGUCGAGAAAAAACGUCAUGUUUGCGUUCAUGCAGCGAGCAUCGAUUCAGGUGGUCGUGGAUUCGGUUUUUCCGUAGCCAAGAACAGCCCCUUUGCUCGUCAUCCUUGGAAUCUCAAGAUUCUUACUAACAAUGUUGGGUCGGUGCUCAGAGCUCUCGGUCCUCAAAUGGGCGUAACAGUACCAACGCUGCACGUUGGCAUGCUGUUCAGUGCGUGUUGCUGGUAUAGGGAUCCCCAUGGUCUGCCAUGGGUCGAGUAUUUGCACACAGGAGCAAAGAAAAUUUGGUACGGUAUUCCGGAUGAACAGAACGCGACCUUCCGGCGAGCGUUAAGCUCUAUGUUCCCGAGGCACUGUAAGAACAAGCGAAUCUGGUUGCCGUCGGAUACAGCGAUGGUUCCACCCGACAUGCUGGUGGAGAACGGUGUACCACUCUGUCAGACGGUUCAGGAGCCCGGGCAGUUCAUCGUUGUCUUCCCUAAAGCUUUCACGUCGAGCAUUUGUACGGGAUACGUUGUUUCUGAGAGCGUAUACUUUGCUCAAGCGUCCUGGCUCGAGACCGCUGAGCAAGUCUUCCAGGAUAUACACGAUAGUUGCGAACCUUCGAUUUUUUCAUUUGAAAGACUGUUAUUUAGCAUUAUCAAUGAUACUAGAUCUCAUAUCGACGUACUUAAGCAGAUUUUACCGACUGUUAUCAAAGUUUGUGAUAAGGAGAUAGAGAACCGUAAGAAGUUGAAAGAGCUAGGUCUCACUAACACAGAGAAACUGCCACUGCCAGAGAACGACAAAAAAGGAAAGGCCAAGAAAGUAAAGGAAGAGGAGGGUGACUAUGAAUGUGAUACUUGCCGAGCGAACCUAUUCGUUUCUCUAGUAAGUAAUCCCACAGAUGAGAGCAUAUUUUGUCUAACCCAUGCCAUUCAAUACAUACAGAAGAAGAAGCAAGUUUGCGAAAAUUGCACGCUUAUGUAUACGUACAGUGAGAGUGAAUUGAACGAUCUUAUUCACAAACUGAAGGACAGGAUCGAAGCCAAAUCUAAAAAGACUAAUCAAACAAAACAAGCUAAAUAGAAAAAAGCGAAUUAUUUAUUUGAUAGAUGACUGUAUUUAUAAACUCGUUUAUAUCGGAUUGUGUUUUUAGGUAAUUUUACCAGAAAAAAUGUACGCUUGUCAAAAGAGAUUAUUUAUUAGAAAUUUUUAACAACCAUUUAAAAGUAGCGAACAAUUUUAAUGUCGCAGUGAUAAAGAGAGAAACAAACUAGGGUUGUUACAAAAAGAAAAAUAUUACUUUUUAGGGAAAAAACUUAAGGCAAGUGUUUUUGCUCGCCUUGUUAAAGCAUAGUUGUUCUAUGUAUGUAUUAGUCAAUCUUGUGGUAGGUUUCUCAAGUACUUCUAAAUAAAUUUCACGCACUGCCUAUAUUAGUCAGGUGAUCGAAAACUAGAACGUCGUCACUGCUGCUUGAUUAAAUAGGUCGCUAAAGUGUCUAACAUGUCUAAUAUAUUUGUCAAAAUAUUUUUAUUUGUCUGUAAAUUCGGAUAGCAUCAUUGUAUUAUUAGUGAGAUUAAGAUUUGAUUUCUAAGACUUAAAAACUUUUGUGUGAAAAUAACAGAGAUAUUCUUUGUAUUAAAUUUUAAUUGUAUGAUAAAUGAGAUGCGAUUAUUAUAAUUGUAAUGAUUUCUCGACGCACACAUUUAUUCGGAUUGAUUUUAAUUUACAAGGAUCUCCUUUCGUACAAAAUUGUAUUGAUGCCAAAUGCGUAUUGUUGAUUAUAUUUGUAAAUAUAUGAUUUCUUGUGCUUGUGAUUUCGAAUAUUUCGAGAUGCGCAAUUUUCCAAAAUCUCUAAAUCAAUAAAGCGAUUAAUUAUGAAUAACAACGUUUAAACAUUUUUAAUAAUGAGAUGACGACAAAUGAUUACAGUAGGUAAGGACUCCGCAACCAAAGUAUUGUAAUAUAGUAACAAAAAAUUAGCGAUCGUUCACCUCCCGCCGAAAAGUGCCUGUCAUAAGUACUUCACCGUGUGCUUGGUGGUUGGUGUGGCGUCCUCCGACUAUCUGUAUAGGUUUCCGCCAGAAAAUAUAUACCUCAAUGAAAAAAUUAAACAUGCGUAUAGGGGUGGCGCAUCGGAGUUGCAGUCUUCAGACAAGCAUAUUCCACGGCCAACAGAAUAGAAAGAAAGAAUAUAUUUCUCCUCAGUCCACACUCUCCCUCUCCCGCUCCCUCUUCCUCUCGCAAUCUCUCAGUCGCUUGGUCGCGGGGUAGGUAUACGUAUAAUCGAACGCACUUCACGUCGCUCGUCCACUUGUAUACGCUGAAACUUCAUUCAUAUCCUAUUAAGUACUAAGUACUAAGUUGUUUUGGAGUCGAGAUCAUUUUUUUCCAAAAAGCAGUCUCCGCAAACUGUGCUGCAGUAGCUUCAGGUUUUCUCGAGUCAGGAGUCCGUUUUAACCAAGCAAAACUUUCACACACCACAUCGAAGCGCAUCGCGUCCAAACCUCAUCCUACUCUUUGGUCUCAACACGCAUUGCUAUUGUGGCGACAAAACAGCAGCUGUGUCUUAGCGGGAUAAAUCUCCAUCUAAAACCAAGCGUUGUCUGGUAGACAGGUGUGGACCAGUAAGCAUCAUAGCCAGAGCUGUGUGUAUUAUUGUGAGCCGGAGAAUUAGCGUAGAAUAAUGGCAAAGCGUCGUGGUCGCAAGCGUGCCGCAACCAACGCGGGUGAUAAUCCCUGUGGAAAGUGCCACAAGCCUGUGAAAGCAGUUGCAAAGUGCGAAAAGUGUGGUGCUGAUUUUCACCCGGGCUGUGCAUUGUCUUACGUCAAGGCGAAUUCCGCUCGCGAGUGCUGCACUCAAGCCUUCCGUAAUCUCGGCAAAAACGCGAAAAUAGCUGGAAGCCCAUCGAACGCGCGAAAAGUCCAGAGGAUCCGCAAGUUGAGCUCCUCUGCAGAGGACUCUCGCCCAGGCUCGGCGGACUCCUCGUCGCCAGCGGUCAGGGAGACCCGCCUCCGGAAAACGGCUGCUGCCGUGUAAAUAAUGCCCGAGAGAACCACGGCGUAAUGCAUAAUGUUUACCGAUCCUUCGUUAAAAUUGAGUUAAAAAAUAUAUAUAUAUAUAUAUAUAUAUACAUAUAUAGGAAGAUGCAAAACUUCGUCAUGAUAAAACAUACACGAUUCAAAUUCGAUCCGUUGGGAUCCUAAUACUUAAUUUUAGCAAAGGAUUAGAAAGUGGCGUGCAAAUUUGUAUGCUGCCUAUCCACAAAUAUACACAUCAAUCUGGGAAUAAAAACGAUAUAAUGGAAAACGGACAUUUUUUUCAAAUUUAGCUAUAUAGGGACUGACGCGACGGAGCGCGUGCCUCGUCGAUAAAAAAAUUUUUAUUAGGUGAUGGUGUUAGGUGUUUACGUAUACCUAUAUAAGAUAUAAUCUACUAUAAUAGUAGGAUAUAGUGCAGUACUAUUAUACAGGUGUGAACAUCUCGUUCUUUAAAAUAAUGUAAAAAUUAAGCAUCCCAUACAGAUCGAUAUAUGUAAAUCUAUUCAUAAUAAAGUAGAUAUACACAUGAAACGGUCUAAAUGCGAAGAGUUCGUUUAUAUUGUUGUGACCGAGAUAUUUACAAACUUGUACAAAUUAAAAUGACUAAAUAUACUGUACGUAUAAAAAUUAACAUAUGUAUUAUUUUUCAUCCUUGUUUUUCAUUUGUUUGCAAACGAGCGGCGACUGUUCGUCCUCUCGCGUUGAUGUCAAUAUACUUAAAAUAAUAUUAAUUACAGGAAUAGCAUUACAAAAAACUAAGGUAUUUUUCGAAUGAAAAUUUCACGCGAAAAUAGAAUAAAAAAGAACUUACACUUUAAAA